GCCACCCCUCAACUUCUAGCCCUUAACAAAGGCAGAGACAGGCAGGGAUCUGUCAAGAGACACAGGCGCCGAGAGGGGAGGAAAACACAACUGGGGGGGCUCGGAGAGAUCCAGGGAGGCGCAAUUAAUGGAGGAGGAACGUUUUGAGGAGGCGAGGGAGGGGGCAAUUGGGCUCAGGCUGCCCCAGCGUUGCCCUAUUGGAUUACGUGGGGAUCUCGUUGCUGGUGAAGCAUAGUGGCGUGCAAGGCCCUUCCCUCUGUCUGGCCAAAUUUCUGUCCUUGGUUACAUGCCGACAACCCCAUUGACAUUGAAAUUGCAGGGGUGUAACUAAGGGUGCUCAUUGCCAUCUGCUUACAGAACAUACAUGAAUAAAGUGACACCCCAGACUCUUUCGAGCAAUUGAUAGGGGAAACUUUAACCUGAGAAUGAAGAGAGAAACACUCAGCAGAACCGUAUGAUUGAAACCACAGCCCAGCCUUCUGUUGUUGGACAAGGCUUUGUCCUUUUGCCCUGUACGACCGAUGUUGCAGUAGUUCAGAUGGAUCGCAGCAAGGAGGCAGAGAUGGAAUUACGAAGAUCCUCUAGUCCUAGCAAGGUAAACAAGAGUGACAUUGAUGGAGACAAGUCCAUGUGCCACAGCUGCUGCAUCUGUGGCAAGAGUUUUCCUUUUCAGAGCUCCCUGUCUCAGCACAUGAGGAAGCACACAGGAGAGAAGCCCUAUAAAUGUCCUUACUGUGACCAUAGAGCUUCCCAAAAGGGCAACCUGAAGAUACACAUUCGGAGUCACAGAACAGGCACUUUAAGUCAGGGGCAUGAGGUGGAGAUGGGAGAAGCACAGCUUGGAGAGAUGGGAGUCUCAGAAGGCCUUGACGGAUGCACCAGCCCCACCAAAAGUACAUCUGCCUGCAACAAGAUUCUGAACGGGGCAACUCAGGCAGACAACAGCAAGAUUUUGUUGAGAAGCAGCAAGAAGGAGGUUGUCACAGAGGCACCACCUGCAGAAGAUGACAAGCUACCCACUUAUCAGUGCAUCUUCUGCAAAAACAAGUUUGAGAGAAAGAAAGACCUGGACCAGCACCUACAUCAAGUCCAUAAGCCGUACAAAUGCAGGCUUUGUAGCUACAUGACAUUAAGAGAAGAGACACUGUUAAACCACAUAGAGAAAGACCAUAUUACAGCUCAAAUUCCAAACGGGGAAACUUACACCGAGAAUUGCAAGAGUGAGCUGAAUGCAGGGGAAUUUCCUUGUGAAGUCUGUGGUCAGGCCUUCAGUCAAACCUGGUUUCUCAAAGCUCACAUGAAAAAGCAUAGAGGAUCGUUUGAUCAUGGAUGCCACAUUUGUGGCAGAAGAUUUAAAGAACCCUGGUUUCUCAAAAACCACAUGAAAUCACACGGUCCAAAGACGGGGAGCAAAAACAAACCAAAAAAUGAUUUAGAGCCCAUAGCCACUAUUAAUAAUGUGAUUCAGGAGGAAACAAUUGUGACUGGCUUAUCUCUGUAUGAAGUUUGCACCAAGUGUGGGAAUCUGUUUACAAAUAUGGAAAGCCUAAAAGCACACAAUGCUGUACACUUGAGAGCUCAAAGAAGCAGUACUGAGAACAAAGCUGAGGGGUUAAUUGACGGAAGCCUAGAUCCAUCUGUAAAUAAGCAGUUUUUCUUACAGUGCCUGAAUCUGAGGCCAGCUGUAGGGAUAGAUAGAGUUACAAGUGGACAGCCUGGAAAAAGGGUAGCUGAGCUGGAUCCAGUCAGUAGCUACCAGGCCUGGCAGCUGGCCACCAAAGGAAAAGUAGCGGAGCCUUCUGAGUAUGUUAAAUAUGUGGGAUGGGAUGAAGUCCUUGCUGAUGCAGAUGUGACUUAUGACAAGGAUAAAAGAGAAUAUAUUCUUGUCGGCCAGGAGAAGCGCAAGCGAGAUCAGGAUUCACCCAGCUCCUCCAGCAACCCCAAGAAGAAAAGCUGUGUCAGUGGGCGCUUGGAGAAGAACAGCAAUGUGCAACAAGGAGAAAACUGUAUCCUUGCCCAGGGCGACCUGGACUACAGACCCUCCUCAAGGCAGAGCAGAAGGGCAUCCCAAAACAAGUCCACCGAGUGCUUUGAGUGUGGAAAGAUUUUCCGCACCUACCACCAAAUGGUGCUCCAUUCGCGGGUGCACAGGAAAGAACGCAGGAGCUGCAGUGAGAGUGGAACCAUUGCUCAGCCAGACCGGUAUGGAUCCAGCAGUGAAGAAGGGGAUUCUGGUUCUGUUAGUGGGCCAAGCACUCCAGGCUCAGCGUCUGCCCCAGAAGAUUCUGUGACCUCUGGAAUGGGUGAGGAGGGUGCUGAGGACAGCUCUGAGGAAGGAGUACCUGAACCAUCACUAGGUAAAAAGCCAUACCACUGCAGUUUUUCUGAAGAGGGGGCAAUGGUAACAUCUCAGGUAGAAGAGCUUCCUAAAUUUGGAAGUGACAAUGCCAGAGAAAAAGAUGCCAAUGAAUCUAAACCAGAGUUAUCAACUUUGGUAUCUACCCUGGAAAACAAUAUCAAACGGCCUUUUCCAAAGUAUGAAGCUCAGAGAAAUUCUUCAGACUUAAAGAUGCCAGCAUUUCAACCUAUACAAGAGCUUCCUUGCUCCAGUAGUACUGCUGACUUUGCUUCAGGAGUGGGCCAGACAUCUUUAGAUGUGGUAGUAGACUUGAAAACCUCAUUGGAAAAGCAGGCUAGUCACCCUAAAGAAAAUUUCUCAGACUUGUGCAGGGAGCACCCUGUUCUCGAAAAAGGGAGAGAGGCACAAGAAAUGGUUCCACUAGAUUUAAGUGAAAAAUCAACGAGGGCUGAUUCAUGCAAUAAGGGUUUUACCUCAUCUUUGCAGGCUGAUUUGAUUGUCCACCCAUGUCCUUACUGCAAUCAUAAGACCUAUUACCCUGAAGUCCUGUGGAUGCACAAAAAAAUUUGGCACAAAGUCAGCUGUAACUCGAUGGCUCCACCAUGGAUUCAACAAAAUGGAUUCAAGAGUAUAAAAAACAACUUGGUUUUUCUGGCAAGAAGUGGACGCACUGGUCCUCCUCCAUCCCUUGGUGGUAAAGAAUGCCCACCUUUGCCUGUUGCCAGGUUUACACGCACUCAAGUUCCAAGUGCGUUGCCAGGAUCCAAAAGCAAUUCUUCCCCUGUUGGGAUGACUACAAAGCCUGGUAGUAUGCAUCAGUCUAAGGACAGCCAUUCGUUUGGCCACUGCGGUUCAUGGUCAUCAGGUCUUGAUGGGUACAGGCAGCCCAAAUCAAACCAUACCCAGGAGCAGCACAGCAUAGCAGCACAAAAGCCUCAGCUUAAAGCUAAAUAUGAAGUAAACUCCAAACUGAUGCAAGGGGGAAGCUUUAGCAGAAGCCUAACACCCACCCAGACAGUCGUAUCAAGGCCCACCUCACAGCCUGCCAACAGUAAACAGGUAGAGAAGUAUAUGAUUCCCCAAGGAAGUGCUGGUUUUCACCCUUCAAGUAAGCACUGUGCAUCUGACCCAAUAAAAGCCAAAUUCAACCCACCGCCUCAGUAUCACCCUCUGUGUAAAACUGAGCAGUACACUAAACAUGAAGAUCCGUCAGUGCCUCAAUGGGAAUCUCACACCAAGGCUGGGAAUGAGAUGAGGACAUUGGCAAACUGCACAACAGGAACAAGAGCGAGUCCACUAAUGCAGCCUCAGCCUAGCACAGCAGGAGCUUCUCCAGCUUUACACUCCAUCAAACAAGAACCAGCAUCAGAGGGGCACGAGAAACGUUUGGACAUUUUUUUUAAGACCUACAUUCCAAAGGACCUUGCUUCGUUGUACCAAACCUGGGGUGCCAAUAGCCCUGUGCUGGAUCAUGCAGGGAUGCUUAGGACACAAACACGCCAAGGAGACUAUGUCUGCAUAGAAUGUGGAAAAUGCUUUAACCAGCACAGUCACUUCCGGACUCAUAUGAGGUCCCACACAGUGGUAUUUGAGUCUAAUGGACUCCGAGGUACUGAAGUUCACACCACCUCCGCAGAUGCCCCAAAACAAGGGAGAGACCAUUCCAAUGCAGAUAUUGUCCAUACGGUGCCUCUCAGAAAGGGAACCUAAAAACACAUGUACCGUGUGUGCACCGGGUACCCUUUGACAACAGCCAGUACCCUGAUCGGCGAUUCCAACAACCACAAAGUGAUGAUCCCAACAACCCUAUAGAAGAACAGCUGGAAAACUUCCCUACAAGCCAUCAAAUCUCUGGAGUCACUGUGCUAGAGUAAAAACAGUGCUCUGCUAGAAUGGAGAUGCCUCUGCACUGUUAAUCAUUUUAAAAUAAAUGAAGAUGCUACACAAGAUAUAUAUAAAUUGACGUACUAAUCAGUCCCAUGGUUCCUUAUUUCCUUUAUAAUAAACAGUGGAGUUGGCAAGCACUGUGGCAGUGCAAGGCAUCUAUAUUAAUCAAGAUAAGUUUGAGACACUGGAAUAAUUAAACUAUAUGUGAUUUGGACAGCGUGAAGAAUUUAAGUACUGUAACAAAAACCUCCCUGAUGCUCAGAAUGACUAUUUGAUACAUUUGAAAAACAGCAGUGGAUUUGGGGGCCGAACAAGUAUUAAUUAAUGAAGCUGCCACUGCUUGUCAUGAGGAAAAAUAAACUUUUAAAAAGGAGGACGGGGAGGGGGAAAGAGGUGGCAUUUGGUGCUUUGGAGAGCAGUGCUUGAUGAAGGACUAAAGAGAAGACCAUCAUUCUACAAUGGUUUGUUUCAUUACAGUUUGGGGACCACUUGCAUUUCUAAGUCUCUUGUUCUUGACUGCGCACCAUUAAUAGUAUGUGAAUAUGGAAAUUGAAACACUUCCACAGAAAUGCUUAUAUUCUGCUUUGGAAAAGAAAAAGCUGGUUGAACACUAAGAAAAAUAGGCUUUGGUGUUUUACUCUCAGGACCUUUUUUGUAACAGGGCUACUUUCUUUGACCUGAUCACAAAGGAAGUCUGCACGUUUAAAAAAAAUUAUUCAGCUGUUUAAAGCCGCUGAUCUGUACGUUUUUAAUAGAAAAGGAGUCGCUGAACAAGUUCAGGCUGACCUAGGCCCUUAGGGUACUGUACGCUCCUGUAUUUUUGUUCAGCAAGCCUGUUACCCUUCCUUUCUGGGCUUGGUGACAUUUUGAAAAGAUGAGUAACUUCUUUUGUGGUGGCAGGUUAAUGUUCAUAUAAUGUGUCAUGUCUUGUACUUGGUGAUCACUGGUGGUGUUAGGAGGAAAAAAAAGAGCUUUAUAUACCUCUUCUACAGUAACUCUUUUAAAUGCAAGUUUUCAAGGUGGAGGUUGUGGCACAUAGGUUGGUAAACCAUGCAGUGUAAGCAAUUAAAAAAAUGUAUUCCACAGAUAUAAAUAUUUUCUUUUCUCAUUGCUGUGACACUAUGUGUGAUGGUAAUAUUUCUGAGAGUUUCAGAUUUUGCACAUAUAAUUUUAUGCAUUAUCAAAAGUUACUGCUGCCUUGAAAGAAAAUGUUCUGUGAAAUUUUUUGCAAAAGCUUUACUAGGUGGUUUUUUUUAAUUGUAACAUUUUGUAAAGGCAGGAAAUGGAUUUAAAAAACUCGCAUGCUAAUUAUAUUUUUCAAAAAAAGCAAUAAUUUUACAUGUACAGAAAUGAUGCUAACCUUUAAUACCGGCGAGAGCAACAGUUUACUUAAUACAAUAAUGGAAUAGUGCUGUUUUUGUAGUAAAUGGGCUUCUGACACAAAGAUUUGUUUAAAAAAAAAAACAAAAAACAUAAAGCUUGAUUUUUCUGUUCUAACAAUUUUUUU